CAGCAAAGAGAAAGAUAAUUCAACACGCGUUGGAGAUUAAAAUUAAGUAAAAGAUCUUCCCUUUCUUUUCUUCUCAUCCAACUACACCAUCCAACUUCUCCAUUCUGUCCCAAAUCUCCAUCUGGGUCAUUAGUUUUGGUGCCUCUUUUCAACCUUUUACUUCAUUCAUUAGUUUUGGUGGGUGCUUCUAAACUCUUUGUUGGGAAAGGUGACUUUUGGGUACCCAGUUAAACAUUUCUUUUGUCAAACCCAGAAAUGAAAGCUACCUCCUUUGCUGUUGUGUACCUUUGAUUCAUUUCAACCACGUGUCUUUGAGUUGUUCCUUGUAGUGUAUUGAAGGGCAUGGUCUUUUUGUUGAGUGUGAGUGAUUCUGUUACUUGUUAUACUACUUAGUUUCACAUCUUCUUGAGGGAAAGUAGAAUGGGAUCUGGUAAUGAGGUUCACUCUGUUGGAGAGUUCAAUUUGGAUGCCAAGUGGCUCAUAGAUCCCAAACAACUAUUUGUUGGGCCUAAAAUUGGGGAAGGUGCUCAUGCCAAAGUUUAUGAAGGAAAAUAUAAAACUCAGAACGUUGCUGUCAAGAUUAUUAAUAAGGGAGAAACCCCAGAAGAGAUUUCUAGGAGAGAGGCUCGGUUUGCCAGAGAGAUUGCCAUGUUAUCUAAAGUUCAACACAAAAAUCUGGUUAAGUUCAUUGGGGCCUGCAAAGAACCUGUUAUGGUUAUAGUAACUGAACUUCUGUUAGGUGGAACAUUGCGGAAAUAUCUAUGGAGUAUACGGCCGAAGUGCUUGGAUAUGCAUGUGGCGGUUGGAUUUGCUCUUGAUAUUGCCCGAGCAAUGGAAUGCUUACACUGCCACGGGAUCAUUCACCGUGACCUUAAACCUGAUAACUUGAUCUUGACAGCAGAUCAUAAAACAGUUAAACUUGCUGAUUUUGGUCUAGCCAGAGAAGAGUCCUUAACAGAGAUGAUGACUGCUGAGACAGGAACAUAUCGUUGGAUGGCUCCAGAACUGUACAGCACAGUCACUCUAAGACAAGGGGAGAAGAAGCAUUACAACCACAAGGUGGAUGCUUAUAGCUUUGCAAUUGUGUUGUGGGAGCUCAUCCAUAAUAAGUUGCCCUUUGAAGGCAUGUCUAAUCUACAAGCAGCAUAUGCAGCUGCUUUUAAGAAUACAAGGCCCAGUGCUGAAGACCUCCCUGAGGAUUUAGCUCUGAUUGUAACUUCAUGUUGGAAAGAGGAUCCAAAUGAUAGGCCAAAUUUUACUCAAAUAAUACAGAUGCUCCUUCGAUAUCUCACUACUAUAUCACCAUCCGAGCCAGUUGUUCCUCUGCGAAUCGCUUCAUCUAAGAAUUCUGUAUUACCACCAGAAUCUCCAGGUACAAGUGCUUUAAUGGCUGGAAGAGAUGAUGAUUCUGGAGAAACCCCAAAAGUCAGUAUUGAAGACAGGGCUAAAGGGAUUUUCUUCUGCUUUAACCAGUGUUACUGAUGCCUCAAAGCACAUAAUUUUUCCAAACAGUUAGGCAAUCUGAAUAAACCACAUUCACCAAAUGUUACAAUUAGAAUCUUAACAAGGAAACUACUAUCAAAUAAGUCAGUUUAGUACCUUUGCUUUCAUUUUCUCAGCAAGAGUAACAUGCUAUUUUAACAUUGGUUUGACUUGCUUCUGACUGAUACAUAAGGCUGGUCAGAAAAUUUUGGGGUUUAGGUUGCUGAGAUGUAAUAUUGUAUAAUAAGAUUCAUCCAAAUGCCUUCACCUCUUGUUUAAAUGUAUGGAAAUGGCAUGGAAAA